AAGUCUUUUAUAUUAGAGCUUGGCGGUCCUGACAGUCAUUGUUACGACCCCUAUAUUUCAUAGUUGUGUUGUGGCUGAUUAUUUUUAUUUUUAAAAUUAUAUUAUGAAAAGUAUAUCAAGAUAUUAAGUGCAGAUAAGUGUAAACGUGUAACAAAAUUAAAUUAUAUGUAAUGAAUGUUUUUCAAUUGGGUUAAAUCUAAAUACUAUUAAGCAUCGCAUUUUAAACCCUCUCCUCGUUCACGAAGAACGCCUUAAAAAGAAUAUUGAAGCUGAAAAUAAUUUUUGAAAAAGUUAAGCAAGUGUUCCUAAAGUAAAUUUAUUAGAAGUAAAAAAAAUGUUAAUAGUCUUUGAGUAAAAUGAAGUACUCGAGCAUGCAAGGAGAUGUGUAUGAGGUAGGUUUGCCUCAAAACCGUCUCCCUGAUAAUUUGUAUGAAAACAUGAUGACAGCUGCUAAUGAAAAUGUAGAAUUGGUUUGUGAAAAUUCUCAUGAAGAAAGUUCUAUGGUUUCUAAUCUACCACUUCUGUUUGCUGAUGGUUAUCCAACUUCUUUGGAAAAAAUAACAUUGACACAAUUAGAAAAUUUUAUAACAUUUAUGGUUCAGUGUUCAUUAGGACAUGAUGUUAAUGAAAUUAUAACUGAACCACAAUGGUGGCCUAAAGAAGUAAAAUUUUCUAAUCCUUUAAUACGACCUAAAAAAAUAACAGAUAAUUGGAUGGCAAAUCUAAAAAAGUUAGUAUUCAGAUGUUAUACGUAUCACAAAAGUGAAUAUUUGUUACGUUUUUGUUCAUAUCUUGCUCAAUAUCCGCAUGAAGAAUUAGAAUAUGUUAAUAAUUGGGAUUCUACUACUAGUUUGUAUCAUAAAAGUACUGGAAAACUGUUAGUAACAUUCCGUAAUGAAAAUAUGAAUUAUGAUAAAAAGAACGACAGUCCAAGGAAGACAUUACUUUUUCAUAAUGGAAUCACAUCCAAUUUUACAAAUAAAUCAAAACAACAAACACAAUCUUUUAUGAUGGUUCAACCACCUUGUGAUGACAUAUAUCUUUGUGACAAUUGUGAUGCUGAAUUUAUAGGACUUGAAAAAAUGAAGGAACAUGAGCUGACUUGUUGUGAACAACAUGAAACUAACAGCUCUCGCUCGACUACGCCAGACUUAUCCACCAUAAAAUCUGAAUCAAGCCAAAAUCAGUUUUUGGAAUACUUUCAAUUGUCUUCAAGAGAAAAAGAAUGUAAAAUAAUUGAAUCAAAUAAAAGUGAAACAAUUAAUAUGUGUAUAACAACCAGGACUUCACCUCGUGUCAGAGGAUCAAUUAAUUUAACAAAAUGUCGAGCAAUUCCAUUUUCUUCACCUGCUGGUAUAAUAUUAGCGAAAAAAUCAAAGACAAUGACUGAAGAAACACAGCAAGAACGAUUAGAAAGAAUAGAAAGACAUGUACUCGCACCGCCUAUAACAAGUUCGUUUAGACCAAAAUGGUUAGAUAAAGAAGAUGACCAUGAUAGAUGGCUAACAACGUACAAAUCUAACCGAGAUAAACCAGUUAAUGAUUAUGUACAUCAAUAUAAAUUCUCUGAUUCUUUAAGAGGCAAGCCAGUGUUAAAUAUAAACUCACAAAUUUUAUAUGCUGCUUGUCGACCCUUUUAUGUUAUUCUCACACGAUUGCAUCAAAAGCAAAUAGAAGAGUCCAAACGAAAUUCUCUUAAACAUCCAAGUUCUGCUAUAAAACCAUUAUAUACAAAAGCUGGACCGGCAUCGAAAACAAAAUUAAAACAAUAUGAAACCAAUUUGAUGUUAAAAUCUAAAAUAUCAGAAAAAACAGAACUCGAACCAAUGAUAAUAGAAGAAGAAUCUAUGCCAACAACACAAUUUAAAACAUCCAUUACAUCUGUUAAUUAUUAUUCUGAAAACAAGAUUGUCAAUGAAGACAAAAUAAAAGAAAUAAUACCAUGUUCAGUAACACAGAAAUCAAUUACGGUUAUUGAUCUUUGCUCAUCCGAUGAAGAAGAAGUUUCAAGCGUACAUACGUCUGAUGAGAUUCGGAACCCAAUAAAUUCUUUAUUCAAAGAAAAUUUGUUACCAAAUCUACCAACAAAUAAAGUUUGUUCAAAAGCUUGCAUUUAUCCUGCAAGUUCAACAAAUCAUUGGUUAAUGCAAAAUAUUUUUACCGAAGAUAAUGAAAACCACGUAAACAAAUGUCACAUUGGUGGUGUUUUAGACACGUGUAUUCAACUUUCUCCAAUACUAAGACCAGCACCAUGAAGCACAACAAAUAGGAUAUUUUAAUUUUAAAUGCAUCGUGAUUGUUAUCAAUAUUUAUUGUUUAUCCUUCAUAUGAAUAAUAUGAUAACAAACAAAUA